GCGCCAGAACAGAAGUCUGAAGUGUUUGAAUUUGGUUGUAGGGAAUCCAAGAUCAUAGAUGUCUCUCUGCCACAACAUCCCAUGAUCCUCCGUCAUCCACCAUUAAUAGUUUUUAUACUCAGCUAGCUACUCCUCCGCAGUCCGCUUUCUCUCUCUGCCAGUUUACCAAAAUACUCUUCUCUCUCAACAUUCCACCAACGAUAAUUACAAGGGCGUUGAUGUCAUUCUUGACAACCUGACAACUACUUUUGUUCCUGUCCAUGACCAUGAGUGGCAGCAGCCUGACUUUUCAGAUAUCCAUGAAAUCAAAAAGUCUCUCUCUCUCUCUCUCUGCCACUGUGCUUGCUUUUGCAAUAUCUCAAGAACAAAAAAGCACCCCAUCCUGCCUCCACCUCUCCAAAUUGUCUGCUUAAUCUACUGAAAUGCUUUUACACGAGUAUAAUUCUUCGACCACAAUGGCUAUGGAGCAUUUGGCCUUAGUUUUCCUCCUCUUUUCCUCCUUCUCAUCGUAUAUCCUGACCGCAGCUUCUUCAGCGGAGUUCGGUGAAGGGGAGAUUAAUGGCGGCAGAAAAUUGGAAUCUUUGCAGAAACCGAAGGUAAUUAUUAGAGGGAACGCUUCAGUUACCAGUGUGAACAGGACUUUCCGGCUAGGGUUUUUCGCCCCAAACGCUGAUGAGUUCAGAUGGUACUUGGGGAUUUGGUAUGCCUCAAUCCCUAUCAGGACUUACGUAUGGGUUGCGAACCGUGAAAAGCCCAUAGAAAAUUUGCAGUCGGCGAGAGCGGAGAUCAACGAGGGAGGGAAAUUAGCUGUGGUGGACGAAGGUUCUGGAACCAUUCUAUGGGAAACGAACAAUGUGGAGAGAGCAAGCGACUUAGUUCUUCUGGAGCAAGGAAACCUGGUGCUGCUGAGCAGCGACGGCGGGAUUGUGUGGCGGAGCUUUGAUUUUCCGGCGGACACGUGGCUUCCGGGCAUGAACCUGACCGCCGAACGGCGGCUGGUUUCCUGGAGGAGCUCCGUUGAUCCAUCCCCUGGAAGGUACUCUCUGAGACUGAAUCCUCCUGGUUAUGGCGAAAUAGCUCUUUUCUAUAGCAACUAUAGUGUGGACGACGUCCAUUCAUAUUGGAGUACUGGUAAUUGGAGUGGAGAUGCAUUUGAUGGUGUUCCUGAAAUGACCAUUCCUUACAUAUAUAGGUUUAAAUUCUUGUAUCCUUUUACUCCAAUGGCAACCUUUGGGUACUCCGAAGUGCCAUUGGAGAGCGGCGCGCUGCCGCCAUUAACUAGGUUCCUGUUAGACCACACAGGGCAGCUGAAGCAGUUCACUUGGUCUCAACAGAGUGAAUUCUGGAGCAUGUUCUGGUCUCAGCCAGAGAAUGUGUGUAGAGUGUAUGCAUUGUGUGGCAAUUUGGGGGUAUGCAGCAGCGGUGAUUCGUUGAAUCCGUGCCGGUGUUUGAAUGGUUUUGGACCCGUUAACAGUGUGUCCUGGGAUAAGGAAGAUUUCUCGGGGGGUUGCUGGCGAGGUGACAGUGAGACCUGUGGGAAAGAUGGGUUUGAGGAGGUUGGAGUUGUUAGCUACCAGGCAGCAAGUGUUGUGUCGUUCAGUGGGAGCCGCAAGGACUGCGAGAGCGCUUGCCUAAGAAAUUGUUCUUGUGUUGGUUUGUAUCAUAAUGCAAAGAGCAAUGCAUGCAGCAACUUGUACGGUUCGCUUUUGAACCUGCGAAACUUUACGGCUGAUAGCACUAUCCAGGAUACACUCUAUGUGAGAGUGCAGUCGGAUGGGGCUGCUGCUGGAGGGAGGAAGAGGAGGACGGGUGUUCUUAUCGGAUUGAUUUGUGGUGUUCUUGUGAUUUUGAGCAUAGGAACUCUGAAUUUGUUGUACUGGAUGAGGCGAAAAGUUAGGCGAAGGAAGGGAGAAGAAGAGGGUGUGUUUCAAGUGUCGAAUCUACGGGUGUUCUCUUACAAGGAGCUUCACGCAGCUACUAAGGGAUUUUCCGAGAAACUUGGUCAUGGAGGGUUUGGGGCAGUUUUUCGUGGGGAGCUGCUGGAUUCAUCUACGGUGGCUGUAAAGCGGCUUGAGAGACCAGGCGGCGGUGAAAAGGAAUUCCGAGCAGAGGUUUGCACCAUUGGGAAUAUACAGCACGUUAACCUGGUCAGACUGCGUGGUUUUUGCUGCGAAAGCUUGCAUCGUCUUCUGGUAUAUGAUUACAUGCCGAAUGGACCUCUCAGCAAGUACUUGCGACAGGACGGUCAGUGCUUGAGUUGGGAUGUGAGAUUCCGGGUGGCAGUUGGGACCGCGAGAGGCAUUGCUUAUUUGCACGAAGAGUGUCGAAACUGCAUCAUACAUUGCGACAUCAAGCCGGAGAACAUCUUGUUGGACGAGGGUUUCGCGGCGAAGGUGUCGGAUUUCGGAUUGGCGAAGCUGGUGGGCAGGGACUUCAGCCGGGUGCUGGCAACAAUGCGAGGCACGUGGGGAUACGUGGCGCCCGAAUGGAUAUCGGGGGUUGCCAUCACCACAAAGGCCGAUGUGUACAGCUACGGAAUGACACUGCUGGAGUUGAUAGGCGGCAGGCGCAAUGUGGAGGGGCCGCCGUCCUCCAAUGGAGGGGGCAACCAGACGGAGAAGUGGUUCUUCCCACCAUGGGCUGCACGCCAGAUAAUCGAAGGCAACACCGCUGCUGUGGUGGAUCACCGGCUCAGCGGCGCAUACGACGAGGCAGAGGCGGAGCGUGCUGCAUUGGUGGGUGUGUGGUGCAUUCAGGACGAGGAGUCUGCGCGGCCGACAAUGGGGACGGUGGUGAAAAUGCUGGAGGGUGUGGUUGAAAUGGGGGUGCCACCGCCGCCAAAGCUGCUGCAGGCGUUGGUUUCGGGGGAGUCGUUCCAAGGGGUCGGGGAGGAGUCGAGGAGGAGGGCACGCCAAGCAUGCGGCGGCAGCAGUGCGGACGAGGAUGAGGACGACGUCUCCAAGGAGUUGCCGAUCGGGCAAUCAGAAUUGGGGCAGAGCCGGUACGCUGAUACUGGGGCGGACGAGGUAAACCACAAUACCGAUGCGGAUGCUCAUAGGUUGCAUCGAACGGAACAGAAGAUACACCUAUCUCAGGUGCUAAUUAAUGCCUGUCAGUCAACCACAUCUGAGACUGAGAGGCAAUGAAGGAAAGCUUCUUGCUUUUCUGACUUGACAUCAUCUCAGUAGAUCGAGCCUCGGCCCUGCACGGCACUGAUCAUCAUCAUGCGGUGUGGUGUGAUGGACCAUUAUUCUAAUCAAAUUAUUGACUGUUGAUUAAUAAUGCUCAUCCAUUAAGUACAGUAGUAAUGGCUAUGCUUCGCUGGCUGUAGCCUGUAGGCCCUGCCCCUUCCUUCUUUAAUCGAGUAAAAAACCACCAGCAGCUAUAGCUAUAAGCUUGGAUUCAGAAUUUGGAGGGGAGGAGGGAGGAAGGGAGCAAGCAAAGAAAGCAAUCUUAUUCUACUUACUAGGCUUACCGUCCGUCCUUUCAUUACAUUCUCCGACGGUCCAAACCUGUUCUUGAUUCCCUCGUUCGAACAAAGGCAUUAAUAUUGAACCCGAGUCAAUUAACCAUGGUUAACCUAUAGUUCCAGCUAAAAAUCCUCUACCAUCUCCGCUCACUUUCCUUUCCUUACACAUCAUUAAUAUUUUUAGAUUCAACUCAAAAAUCCCCAUUUGUUCCUUCCUUCUCGUCCUCGAUUUCGAAAUUUGAUUUAUCCGAGAAAGGAAGAAAUACGAAAACUUUCUUCCCUAUUUCUACCCUUGGCCCAGCUUGGUCGACCCCUCGAAGAUUCAAGAACUGGUACGUCCUUCUCUUUUCCCUAUGACCCGUCCCGUCCAUCUAUUCACCUCGUAUCAUAAUUUCUUAGAUUUAGUUCCACGUAAGGGUUUGCUUCUGUAGCUCUGUACUUUCUUUCUUUGUUUCUCCCUAUCCCUCUCUACUGUAGAGAGAGUAAGAGUACCAUUCAAAUAUAUGUUCAACCCUCAUCUUUCAUCCCGCCAAAACCCCACAAGCUCGAUGGCUUUAAUCGCUUAGCAGAGGGUGGCUGAACAGAUAGCUGGUGUGAAGUAUCUAUACUGUUCGUAAAUCUCUGAAGCACUUGUUCUUCGACUUCACAAGGCAAACAAAAGUCUUUGGUGUUUCCUCUUUCACGCAGAUGCUUCUGUUUAUUGGUGAAGGGUUGUAAGUUUGUCUGUCCAAAUAAGAAUGAGGUGCCGAUGUCAUAUGUUAAAUUAGUACUAUCCAGUUGACGAAUUGGUGAUGCAACGGUGCUUACGUUACGUGUUUCAACAAGGAGGAUAUUCGGAACGAAAUUGCAUUCUGGUUUAUUAAGUUAUUGACCACAUUGGAGUGACAUCUAAAGGUUCCGUUGAGUGGCUUCCUGUAAGGAGUCAAGAGGAGUGUGUGCAUUGGAAA